CCUUUCAUAACCAUGCAUUCCGGUCAGCCACCAGGGGCAAAUCUCAUUGCCUCUGGUCGGAGACCUAUUAGCCCUGCAAAUCAUCUUAAUUCUGCAACUCAGCUGAAAAAUUGUCCAUCUGAAAAUAAACCAAUUUAUACUCAUUGGUUUCCUCCAGGAUAUCGGUUUAUUCCUGAAGACGAUGAACUCAUUCUUCAUUACUUAAACAAUAGGAUCAUGAAUAAGCCGAUACCGUAUAGCAUUAUAAGAGAUGUUGAGCUUUACAAGCAUAAUCCUAAGGAUUUAGCAGAGAAUUACUCAGAUAAUGGAAUAAACUCGUGGUACUUUUUCACCCCAAGGGAUCGAAAAUAUAAAAAUGGCAGUCGACCGAAUCGAGGAGCUGGCGAUGGUUACUGGAAGGCAACAGGAGCUGACAAGCUUAUUUAUUAUAAUAAUGAAGUCGUUGGAGCCAAGAAAGCACUAGUUUUUUACAAAGGGAAACCACCAAAAGGAACGAAAACUAGCUGGAUCAUGCAGGAGUAUAGAGUCCAUCAACCUCCUAGAGUAAAACUAUCUGAAGAUGACAUGAGGCUUGAUGACUGGGUUUUGUGUAGGAUUUAUAAAAAAGAAGAAAAAUCCAUUCCAAAUAAGCGACAAAGGAUCAAUGAGGAUCAUGUUACUGAAUUGAGGCAAAAUGACAAUGAACUAACUCAAACGAAGACUAAUCUUGAAGGAAUGGUGUGCAAGGAAAACGAUUUUCAAGAGGGAAAUGUGCUAAUGAACCGGUUUGGAAAUAGUCUUCCAAGCAGCCAUUUCGAUAACACAUUUGCUGAUGAUCAUGUUUUAAUUAAUUCUAACUACAAUUUUGAUUGUUAUGAUCUUGCAUCAGCAAGUUUCCCAUGUGAGAAUUCUGCUUUCAGGUCCAAGUACUUGCAACAAGAAAUGGCCAGUUUGGAAUUUGAAGAGGAUGUUUUGGCAAUUAGUCGAGAUAAUUUCGAUUUGGCAGAUGAUAUUGAUGACGAAUUUAGUACAAGACUAAUAAGCAUGAAUAAUUUAAACGGAGUUCCCCGGAGAAUGAACUCCGGGAAGGCGAGAGGCUCUACCGUGGGAAGAGCCCAAAUGCGCGAGCGCUUCCCUUGCCCCGAGCUCACACACAUGAAAAUUCAUAAUGUUGGUUUUGAUUGCCCAGGCAUUGCAAUCAAGAGGAUUUCCCUAAUUCUCCCUUCCCGAAAGGAAGAGCGUGAAAUUCUUUUUCCGGGUUAUUCUCAAAAAAAUAGAUUACACUAA